AUGCUAGAGAAGGCAACUAGCUACAUUAACGUGGAAGAAGCGCAGGCGGUGCAAAGGAAGGCAGAUAAACCGCCUCCCUCUACCAACAAACCGGAGAGAAGAGCACCUCAACCGCCUGCUCAACCUCUCCCACGUGCUCGAGAUGCCCGACCGACUUUCCACCCCGGUCAAGACGUCCGACCGGUGCCACGAGUAGUUGUGGUUCAGGUCCUUCGACCUGAGCCUUGGGGACCGCAUUAUUGCACAUACCAUCGGUCCCACACGCACGCCACCAACGAUUGCUUCCAAUUUGCCUGUGAUUCCCGGCACACGGCUGAGCUAGGCUUGCCACCUCCCGAGCUGGCGCCUCAAGUCCAGAGAAUGAUGGAGGAAAGAUGCAACGCGGCGGGGCAAGCCGGCAGACCCCGAGUAGACCAGGGAGGCCCUAGCAUGCCACAGAAAGGGCACACCGGGGAGCCGGGAGAGGCUCGCAAGGCCGAGAACAGAGGCAACGCGGCUAUCCGAGACAUUGACAUGAUCUCUGGAGGUCCUACCGAUGGAGAUUUAGGUCGGGCGUGCAAAUCCCAUAAGCGCCGGUUAGAGAUCCAUGCUGUAGGGUGCAGCCAGGAGCAGGCUGCUGGCCCAGUCAUCAGCUUCAGACCACAAGACCUGGAAGGAUUAGAGCUGCCUCAUGACGAUGCCCUCAUCAUCAAGGCUAUUAUCGCCAACAGCCUUGUGGCGCGAGUCUUCGUUGACACCGGCAGCUCUGUCAACGUAUUAUUCAGGUCUACUUUUGAAGAAAUGUAG